AUGAUAACAGACUUUAAUCUUUCUUCCUAUGAGGCAUUGGCACCUUAUGAUGACAACGUAUUAAAAAUCUUGAAAGAAAUAGAUGAAAAUCCGAAUAUGCCUGCACAUGUUAAAGAUCCCGAGAAGUGUCCAAAAACUGAUAUGACAAAAGGGCAGAAGAUAGAUAGUCAUCUUAAGAUAAAAUCUGAUGAAAUAAUCAGCCACCAGUAUGAUAAGGCAGAUGAUAAUAUGCAUGAUAUUGUUCUUGAAAAAAUUGAUAACUUUAAAUUAUUUCAAGAAAAGCAGAAAGAGACAAAUGAAUUAAGAAAUAAACUAACUCAGAAGACUCCAUCUAAGAAAGAAAUAGACAAUUUAAUAAAAACAUUAAAAGCUGAAAAGUUUCAAGCAAAACUAUUGCUUUCUCCAAAUCAAGUAUAUUCUUUUUUAUUAAAAAAUCACAUUGAUCCGUUCACCAUUAGUCAUGAAAGUCAUGUUUAUCUAGAAUUACAGUACCCGCAAAUUGAAUUGAAUUUUGAAAAAGAACAAAUGUUGCCAUCUUCAGAGUUAUAUGCCGCUGUAAUAAAGUCUUUGAAAAAUCAUAAUCCUCAUUAUGAAUUAAUGAAAAUAUUUGAAACCUAUGGUCACUUCAUGCCUAAACGGAUCAUUAUUGGGUAUAAGUUACAUAGAAUGUCUUCGUUAAUUGUGAAAGAUUCACCAAAAUCAUAUGUUCAAGAAAUUGACUUCGAUGUUAUUGAUUUUGAAAUGCCUCAUGACUUUGAUGCAACUUAUUUGAUAUCAGUUGAUGGAGCAACAGUUAUGAGAAAUGAACUUGAUAUGUGGAUGAAAGACUGUUUAAAGGAUAAUUAUGAUUCACCGCAAGUUGUAAAUUGGAAAGAAUUGUAUCCACUGUAUGAAAUAUUUGAUGAAUCUCUUCAAAGAGAUGUUAAAUCUAUAUUUGGAAUCGAUGAAAUAGCAAAAAUUUUUGGAGUUAAAGAGAAAGUGCUUACUACAGGGGUAAUUCCAACAGAACAUUGUGCUUAUCAAUAUCGUGUAAAAUUUCCUGUUAAUUUUAAAUCCAACAACUAUCAAAUUUUUGGAAAACUUGUGAAACAUGACGGAGAACAAAUCUCAGAAGCAGUUAUCAAGUUCAAAUCUACUAACAAAUAUGGAUUUUCUGCAAAGAUUGAAAAUUUUGAAAUAUCUGAGUGA